GCGAACACGUGUGCUGUCAUCGAGGAGAUGAGCACAAGAGGACCUGAGACGAGUUAGAGAAACAAAUUAAGGGGGUCGAAUUUGACUCCAGACGGAGAGAGACCGUGUUAGGUAGCCGGGAAAGGCCUUCCAAGAAAGUUGACAGUUGAGCAGCAGUCUUGAAAGACGCAGAGCUAGCAAAGCCAAAGACCUGGGCAAGGAAAUUUGCAGGUAGGGCAACUCCUCUGGUGUUGGGAUACGUUUUGCUGCCCGCAGGGACUGAACAGCAUCCUGAAAGCUCCCAGACUGGACACCCCCAUUGCUAGCACUUGGAAUCCUGCAUGACUUGGGGUCUCAGCCCUGAGAUCUCCUGAGUCCCCUCCUGAACCCCUUUACCCGAGGUAGCCCUGCGAUUGGGACAUCACCAGAGCUGAAGCACACAUAGCUUUACUGACGAAACAGCUGAAAGAUGUGUGCUACUUCUUAGCCCUCAGUAUAUACAGCUUGUAGUUGUCAACCUUCUUUCCAAAUACACUGGCGAAACCAACAUGGAAGCAUUCUAUGAAGUCCUAGGACAGUUAUACCAGAAAGUGCUUGCUGGCGCUCCACUUGACAGGGCAGUCCAGGAUUAUGCCUUUUAUCUCAACCCAGCUUUCUCAGAUCCUCUUUGCUCUAUAUCCCCCUCCUUCGAAUGGUCCAACUCAGAGCAUACACAGGGCAAUCACAAGCUGUCCCCUGUUAUGCUGACUGCCAUUCCUGCCCCGCCUGCGUGUGUGGAGAGCCUCGCCCAGGAAGUGAUGCUCCUUCAGUUAACUGUGAUCAAAAUGAUCAUAACCAGGACAGCAUCCCUCCGCACAGAGACCAACGCAAAGGAGAAAUACAGAGAUGUAAUUCGAAUGCUUUUACAAUCAGCCGAAAUAGAUUCUAAAAUCAUCUGCAUGCUCCAAAGUCCGGAUAAAUUAUUGUCUCACAUGGCUGCCCAGUGUCUGGCAAUGCUUCUCUAUUUCCAGUUGAGAGAGAAGAUACCAUUAAGUAACUCCUGGAUUACUUUUUGCCAAAAAACCCUUUCUGAAUACCCCGAGAGUGGUGCAGUAUUACAUUGCCUCUGGACUCUUACGGCUGUAAUCAAGGAAGUCUUUAAAGACACAUGUCCACAAAAAACAGAAAUUCUGAAGCAAUUCUUGACUCCUUUUGAUACAACUCUGGAAGUAUUCUACAGUUCCUUACUUUCUCAGCAUUUUGAAAACUGCCAGGAGCCUUCUGAAAUAAUAAACAGCUUGAUAUGUUUCCUAGAAUUGCUUGAACUUCUCAUAGCCUCUAGAAGCUUCCAGGAGUUACAUUUGAGGAGCCAAAGGAUUGUGUUUUUGAAACCUUGUGUUAUCAACGUUCUCACCUGGCCUGUCCAGGCUUUUGUCAAAAGGAAGUUGAUCAUGUUCAUCAAAAAGUGCCUUAUCCGAAAAGUGGGGGAAGAUCUCUGCCGAGGACCUGUGCCCGCCUCAGUGGCCCCAGACAGUCUUCUAGACAUGGACACGCUGGCUUUAGCUAAGGCUGUUUUGCAAGCUGUGCAUCUGGGAUUGUUGAAGACAUUCUCUGUUCCUGGAAAGCGUUCCUGCUUUGGAGGUGAUGAGAUUCAGCCUGGAUGCAGACAUACUUCCGGUCCAGAUCACGUGAUCCUGAGAGCAGCAAGCUUACUUACAGUGAAAUCCUUAGAAAUCAAGUUCCAAAACUGCACUUCAGCAAAUGAAAUGAGAGCUGACUUACAGAGGUUCAUGUCCAAGUUACUGGCCUUCCUAAAGCCUCAGCUUCAGCCGGGUCUGCAAGAACGCAAUCCAUGCGAGUGGCUGUCCAGGGUCUUCAUCGAGCAAGACGACGACAUGCUGGAGGCCGCCAAAGCAUCCCUGGGCAUCUACCUGAAGCUGACCAGAGACUUUGAUGCUACUGAAAGUUUGACCCAAGAAAAGGAAACCUGGACACAUCACACACAUGAAAAUGGCUAUAAUCCUCACUGUGUUUUCCUGUUCUUCUUCAGAAGUAUAGGGUUUGAUUGUACCGUUCUUCUGGACUUCUUGAUUUCCUCAGAGACCUGUUUUCUUGAGUACUUUGUUAGGUAUUUAAAAUUACUUCAAAAGGACUGGGAUCACUUCUUCACAGUUUGCAAGUUCUUUGAUGCAUCAGAAUAUCAGCAUGGCAUAAAUAACCAUGGUCAGUUUCCCUCAGGGGUCCAAGACAAAAGCACCAAACAGACAGCACCUCAUUGUUUGAGUGCUUCUCAAAACCAUUCCAAUGUUUGCUCUGGAGUCUUGAGGCCAUCUGAUGAUUGUCCUGAGCUGCUGGCUGAGGCUGUGACCGCCAAGCGUACCCACCCCAGAACCGAUUACCCCCUGCCUCCAUCCCAGGCUUCGCGAAGUCUGGUGGCUUAUGACAGCUCCGAUGAUUCUGAGGCAGAAUCCACAGACCAGUGUAUAGCUCACAAUGAGCCCAUAUCUGUACUCCAAGAAGCAGUUAUGAAAAUUCAAGACUCAACUGGAAACAGUAGGGAUCCAAAUGAACUUAGUCUGCAGCCUCAGUCAGCACUGCUGGUUCUAAAGGGAUCUUCUUUUCCCUCUUCCCUUGAUCAUGAACUAAGCCCAGAUAAUACUGUCCUGGAAGUGGGGAUAUUUCACAGAAUAGUGAGAUGCUUUGAAGAGCUACAGCAUGCCAUCUACCGUUUGCAAAAAAGAAAUCUCUUCCCAUAUAAUCCAGCUGCACUUUUGCGAUUGUUAAAACAUAUAGAGGAUAUGUAUAAUAAAGUGUGAAUCUUAUUUCUA